AUGGAUCAAGAUCUCGCCUUCCAACAGACGCUCCCGUGGAGCCUCGAGCGCAAUCGACUGGCAGAACUCCUGACGGCGGAUUUCACGGUUGCUGCAGGUUCAGCAGCCUUGGUCACUCCGGCCGUGAUGAUCUUGGACAGACUGGUAGUGGAAAAGUCCUCACACAACCAGCCUCUCCUACCAGCCUUCCGGCGACACCUGUGGCUUUCCAUCACGCAACCUGCGACUUUUCUCACCUCUCGACCGAGUCUGCUCGUCUGGUCCCUAUACACCGCAACGUUUGCUGCGGCCAAUGCCACUGAGACUAUUCUCAGCGAGGUCUAUCCACACAUCGACCACGCCCUGGCUAAAACGUCGACAUUUUUAACCACCUUUGUGGUCAACUCUUCCGUUGGCAUCUGGAAGGAUGUCAAGUUCGCUCAACUCUUCGGUCAUAGCCACAGCACGAGCACCGCGGGAACAACCACUCCUCCGCCCACCGCCGCCGCAUCAACUCCAGCAGCAGCAGUAGCCAAACCAGCCACUGUUGCCGCCGCCGCCGCAUCUCAGAGCAAGAUCCUCCGCUCCGUAACACGCUCUAUCCCCUUUGCUACCUACUCCGCAUUCCUCAUCCGCGACGCCUUGACAAUCUUCGGCUCGUUCAGCCUCCCAGCGAUGGUAUCUGCCUCGAUUCCAGACUCAGUCGCCUCGAGCGAGUACAGUAAGAUCCUGCUCGCGCAAUUGGCCAUCCCGGCUUCGAUCCAACUCAUUAGCACUCCGAUUCACCUCCUGGGGCUGGACCUCUACAACCGACCAAUGGCAAUCUCGGCCUCGGACCGAAUGUCGCGAGUGAGUCGGGAUUGGAUCGGGGCGUCGCUGACGCGGAUGUGUCGCAUCAUUCCCGCUUUCGGUAUCGGUGGGUUCGCCAACACCGAGGGGCGGGCCUAUCUUCAUGAGCAACUGCGGCUGUCCGGUGAGGAGUGA